UCUUUAUACUGCAUUGGAUACGCUCACUUACUGCAACCAAAGAUAAUAGAUAUUGGUUUGAUACGUUAUAACCCAAAAUACACGCAUCAAAACGCAUUCUCAGCUACCAUCGAGCGUAAUUCUACCUGAUUCGACAAUACUACAAUCGUACGUUAGUCAGGAUAUAUUGCCCGAUUUUAAACUGACUUGCAAACAAACGACACAUUACCAGCGUUUGUAAAAAGUAUUCAUCGUACCAGGUUUAUUCCAUAGGACACUCUUGUAUCAACCAUCUACAUCAAACCCUCCAUUUCAACAAUGAUUGACUCGUCAUUUCCAAACUCAUAUUCGCGUCUCAAGUCGGACAUAUGUGAGCUAGAAGCCCUAGGAGCCAUUAUCCACUCUAUGCAAAUACCUCAAAACAGAAUUAUUACGCAGGCUAUGGAGCGGCUUUUACAGCUAGCAGGAACAAAACAUUUUCUUCCUGAAUUUUCAUGCUUUCAGAUCAUCAUUCUUCAAGCCAAGUGGGCAAGAGAGGGAAAGUUUGAUUUGGGAUAUAGUAUUCCUUGGAAGGAUGUAUACUCCUCUUGGGGAUCUGAAUCGCAGUUUAAAGAUAUUGCUCAGAGAAAGGACACAAACAAAAUUGGAGGAAUCACCGACUCCAUUCAUGGAUCAAUCAAACCGUCUGGUUUUGAUGCACUCGACAUUCCCAUCACAUUCAAGACAGAUACGAAUGAGUCCUAUCAUACACCCAGGAACACUGGCGUGUUUUCUACUGGCAAUAUCAAUAACUCUUUUCACACCAAUAGUGCAGGCAAUGACAAUCAAGUAGUCGAAAACAUUUCGUGGUUGUUUGGCUCACCUAAAGAAGAUCUAGCCUACACAAAUCCAUCAACAUCUGCCACAGUCCUAUCUCAACUGCCAUCGAAUAUUGUGCCAGCAAUGGCAGAUACUGUACAUAAUAUAUAUGGUACCGAGUUUUUCCCCGCCCAGAUCGACUUUAACGAAAUCUCACGACUAGGACUUGCUCAGCAAACAAACUCUACAGCUCAACAGCCACCUAGUUUCUUUGAAGUUGGAUGCCAGAUGAAACCUGUAAAUAGGCCGUCACCGUCGAAUGAUCCGGCUGUAGAAGAGUUUCUUCGCGAAAUUGGACUUUUUCCAUCACAGAGUAGAGCCAAUGUAACAUUACCUAGCACUGAAGCCAGUCUGCACAAUCUCAAUAUUACCACUAUGCCACCCAUACCCAUUGCACAAAAUUCGUUUGAAAACAUGGCAUUUGGAUCUAUACAUACUGAUUUGAACUGUCUUUUUCAACCCACAGAUGCUUUUCAGUUAUGUUCAAUGCCAAUUCAAUCGCCCGCAUUUUGUGAUGCAUCGUUGUUGCCAAAUUUAGGAAAUAUGAACAAUGAUAUGGAGGUUUCAAUCACACCGCCAUUGGUCCAUUUUGAUUUGCCAAGUACCGGAUUACAGUGCCCAUCUUCCCUUUUCUCUUCCGUAUCCCCUAUUAUGAUGGAUGCAUCUACUACAGAACUAUCGAGCUUGCCCUUGCUGCCAGGAAAUUACGUUCCGGUCGAGAAUACUAUCAAGCCAAAAUCUGUGACCGCAUCUUCAAGUGACAUUUCCAAACAAUCCCAAACUCCCAAAAAACCCAAAGAAGUUAGAACCAAAACACUUGGACGUCCGCGUACAAAGAAUAUUCAAGUACCACGACGUUCAUCUGUCGAAAUUCUACCAAAUGAAGGACCGACUGUUCUUUUAUCUCAAUCGGUGCCAAAAGUUAAACCUCCACGUAGUCGUAAACGCACAUUAGUUGCAUCGGGUAAAUCCAUAUGUGGUGAUGGCAAAGCAAUCCAUAGUACCGCUGGUGGUAUUAAAAGUACGGUAUCGACAGAAUUGUCUGAUAUGAAUGGAGUGAAUGUAGCACCCAAACCGCAACAGCUUAUGGUGGAUCUUAAAACCACUGAGCAGUUUAUUAUGGAUUAUAUGGCCACCAUUGAUUCUGGAACAUUUCCUAAUAACACAAGUGGUGCUGUACCUAAAGCACCUCUUUCCAUCCGAGAAUCUGCUCACAAACUAACUCUUCCUAGGUUAAUGAAUGCAUCCUCACAAAUGGUGAUUAAACCCCAAGUCAUACCAACACUCGUUGAAUCCAAACCAGAUCCUUCAGUGACUUGUAACAUGCAUAGCGAUGGUAACGGUGUAGUGAAUGCAAUGCCUUCUGAAAAAGUAUUGAAGCUGGCAAAAUUGACCGAAUAUCACCCAGAACCUCAGUUACUCCAUUCCAUUCGAACAGUAAAGCGACCACUUAAAAUCACUGAUCCUUUGUCUGGCUCUACUGGCGAGAAAUCAUUAUCUAUCAACACGAAAUCUCCAAUGAUACUAACUGCUACUGAGCUACUUGGCGGCGUGGUUUCAGCACAUCCAGCUGGUGUGGGAGCAGUCAAUACUGUAGGUCGUGGACGAGGAACCCGUGGUGGUCGUGGCAGUCGCGGAGGCCGCGUUAAUCGAGAAGGUCGGGCAAACACUACUCAUGCUUUAGGGUCAGCACCACGAUCUACUUUAGGAAGACCCAAGGCAAACUCGACCCAACCCUCUAAAAAACGUAUCAAACCUACUCUUUCAUCCACUCAAUUGUUUCCGACUCAAUCCGCAGACUCUACACUUUCUGCACCACCGAUACUUCUUGCAUCUGAAUCUGCUACGGACAUGAUGCUGGGUAGCGUUUUAUCAUCAGAAACGGUAGAGUCAGAUUCUCCAUCUGCAUCACCCUUGUCAACUUGCCAUGCGAAUGAAAACAGUAUGGAGUGCGUACCCGAGACACAGUCGAAUUUAGUGUCUGGGUUUUCGAACCGUAAUGUUGAGAGUAUGGUUGCACGUGGAAGUUCAUUUGCAGCUGCAGCAGAAUCGCACUGA